AAAUAAAAUAUAAAACAAUUAUAAUAAAUUCAGUGGUUAAAGUCAAUGUUAUCUUUAAUAAAUUUUAAUUAAACAUAUAUAUUUAAUUAGAUUUUUGUCAUAUAUAUAUGUUUGAUUUAAUUUUUUAGAAAACAUAAAUAAUAAGUUAUUAUGCUGGUUUUGAAUUAAUAAAAAAUAAAUCUAAUAAAUAUUUGUAAAACAAUUAAGCCAGCAACACCUAGUUAUCAAACUAUAAUCUGCGGAGAGAAGGAACAUUGAGGGAAAGAGAGAAGAUUGAUUUCUUCUUCUCCGAGGCCAUUUUCAUCUAACGUUCUUUGUCUAUCUCUUAGUUUCGAUCUAUCUUCUUAGGGUUUCUCCUCGCUCUCUCAUCUUCUCUCCGUCAAAGCUGUUACCUUUCGUUAAACCCAUUCCUCAAUUUCGUUUAAAAAUCUGAACUUGGUGGAGACACCCCAUUUGGUUUUCAGGGUGGAGAAAUGGAAAUCUCGGCUCUUGUCGAUAGUAUCUCUUCGUUUCUGAAUCUUUCCUCUUCCAGACAUAUCGAUUUAGACCCAUUUGAUAAAUACUACAAGAGACUCGAAGAGUUGUUGAGAGUCUUGAAGCCUAUAGCUGAUGCUGCUCUUCUCAACUCUGAUCUUGCUUUGGAGGAGAGACUUUGUAAAUCAUUUCAAGAACUUACUCAAGAUGUUGAUCACUCCAGAGACCUUUUCACAAGUUGGCACCCUUUCUCCAGUAAAGUCUAUUUCGUCCUCCAAAUUGAAUCUUUGAUACCAAAGAUGCGAGACACUAUUGUAGAUACUUUCCAGUUUCUCCAGUCUUUGAAGCACGACAUACCUGAUGAGCUCAGUCCAGCUUCCCUCGAGAAAUGUCUAGAGAAGAUAAAGCAUCUUAGUUAUGAAGAAAUAUCCUCUGUCAUUGACGGUGCUCUAAGAGACCAUAGAGACGGCGUUGGACCCACCCCAGAGAUCUUAGUAAAAAUUUGAGAGAACACUGGUCUAAGAUCAAACCAAGAGAUUCUGAUCGAAGCAGUUGCUCUAGAGAGACAAAAAGAGAACGCUGAGCAGUCUGAGAACAAUGCAGAAGUCGAGUUCCUUGACCAACUGAUCGUUAUAGUAAACCAAAUGCACGAGCGUCUUCUUCUGACCAAACAGACUCAGACAUCUAGCGUCUCCAUUCUCGCCGACUUCUUCUGCCCUCUGUCCCUCGAAGUCAUGAAUGAUCCAGUGAUUGUGUCGUCAGGACAAACAUACGAGAAGGCCUUCAUCAAGAGAUGGAUUGAUUUAGGCUUAAAAGUUUGUCCAAAGACUAGGCAGACUCUGACUCACACCACUUUGAUACCUAAUUACACCGUCAAGGCUUUGAUAUCUAACUGGUGUGAUACUAAUGAUGUGAAUCUCCCUGAUCCUAAUCAAUCAUCGAGUUUAAACGAGCUGAAUCCUCUCUUGUCAUGUACAUACUCCAUUCAUGCUUCUCCUUCACGUUCAAAUGAUUCUCCAGAAAUGAAUACAGAUGAGAAUCACCACCACCAUCUUAGGUCCCCUUCUGCUAGUAUUAGCUCAGUUUCUAAUGAGGAGUUUCCAAGAACAGAUGGUAAUGAGAACUCAGAAGAGUCACCUCAUGCUACAACACCUUACAGCAGUGAUGCCUCAGGAGAAAUUAGAUCAGGGCCUCUAGCUGCAACCACAACUUCAUCAGCAGCUCCUCCUUGGCGAGAUCUCUCUCCAAGGUUUAUGGAUAGACGUAACAACCGUGGUAGCCAGUUUUGGCGCCGUCCUUCAAAGAUUAUCUCAGCGCCUUCGAACUCGGCGAGGCGUGACCUCGCCGAGGUCGAAAGCCAAGUCAAGAAACUCCUGGAGGAGUUGAAAAGCAGUUCAUUAGAUGUUGAGAGACGAGCAACGGCCGAGAUAAGGCUGCUGGCAAAGCACAACAUGGAUAACAGGAUAGUGAUAGGAAACUCCGGAGCAAUCGUCUCGUUAGUUGAGCUGCUUCGCUCAACAGACUCAGCUACGCAGGAGAACGCUGUCACGGCGCUUCUCAACUUGUCUAUCAUCGACAACAACAAGAGUUUAAUCGCUGAGGCUGGAGCCAUCGAGCCGUUGAUUCACGUUCUUGAGAACGGGAGCUCAGAAGCUAAGGAGAAUUCGGCUGCUACCCUUUUCAGCCUCUCUGUGAUAGAAGAGAACAAGAUCAAGAUCGGUCAGUCAGGCGCGAUAGGGCCUCUUUAUGGCUUUGUGUUAACGUUUUUGGAGGAUGUUGUAACUUGUUUAGGCACAGGCAUUGCUCAGUUACUUCAGGAACCAAAGGCAUGGAAAUGCUGGGCGAGGCUGAUGGAAGAAUGAUUGAUGAUGAGUAGAUUUUGGUUCCUUGGUGCAUGUUUUGUGUUUGUUCUUCUUGUCUAAGUAGUGAUUUUGUAUAGAAGAGGUUUCAUCUGCAAAUAAUUCCAUAUACCCAAGAUUUUGUUGAUUCUCUGCAUUCUUUGAUCUUCGUUUUAUUAAGGUCUUUGAAGGAAACA